AUGCAACCAUACCGCAUCGUCUCCACCCGCUCCAUCCCUCGCGUCUGCAAGGCGUCCACACCAACUCGCACAAUGUUCACCACACCAUUCUUCCCUCAUUUCAACACCCUGGGCAGCGAUUUCGCGCCCCUUUUCCGUCUGCUCGACAGUGCGACAGCCGACCUCGUGCCCUCGUCUCGUCAGCAGGCUCGUCGAACCUUCACGCCAAGGUUCGAUGUCCGAGAAAUUGGCGCCAGCUACGAGCUCCAAGGCGAAAUGCCAGGCCUCGAACGGAAGGAUCUCGAUAUCGAAUUCUUAGACGAUCGGACUCUUGUGAUCCGUGGUCGGACAGGCAUCGAGGCCACCAAGACCAACGAAGCAGCAGAAGCAGCCGAACCAGCAAGGGCUGUCGAUAACGAAGCAGCCAACGACAACGUUUCAGAGAAGUCGGCCAGCUACCAGAAGGCCAGCGUUGAAGACGAAUAUGUCGAUGCGGGGGCUGAGAGUGAGGCUGCUGAGGGGGCCAAGACACCUGCCAGCACCGCCGCUGAGGUAGCACCGACGGCCGAGACCAAGAAAGCUGCAGAGCCGAGCUUCAAGUACUGGGUCAGCGAACGCUCUGUUGGGGAGUUCGAGAGACGAUUUAGCUUCCCGGGGAGAGUUGAGCUUGAGAAUGUCAAGGCGUCGCUCUCUAACGGCAUACUAUCCGUCGUCGUUCCCAAGGUUCUAGCUAAGGAUUCGAGGAGGAUCAACAUUGAGUAG